GUUUCAGGGUUUCUUCUUUUUUUGUGCUUCAAAACAAAAAUUUAUCUAUUUUUUUUUUGUUUCACUCGGUUUAGUUGAAAUUUCUGGGUUUUUCUUUGGGGAGCAAAAUCUGACUUUUUCCUGAUUUUUCCGUGGUCUCGUCGUUUCUGCUUCUGAAUUUUCCCCAUUGAUGUAGGAUUUUCCGAGUAGCCAAACAAGAAGAAAAGCUCAUCACCAUGUGUUUCUUCAAGGUAUCUUCUGUAAUAAUUCUUCUGGUGAUCUUCUCCGUGGCGGCUAUCGGAGCCAUUGCUGGAAACCACAACAAAAACGGCUCUUCUCUCCCCGGCAUCGAAUUCCCCGACCACAUGAGCUUCAAUGCCGUCUCGUCGUCGGUGACCUCCGAUUGCAGCCUCGCAACCUCAAACGACGACAAACAAUCCGAAUCCAAUUCGAAAUUCGAUGACAACGAGGGCUACGACGACAACGACGACGGCAACGAAGGAAUAAACAUUUCUUCAGUUUUAUCACUGGAGCAAAACAAACAAGCGGUGAAGCUCCACCUAAACCGGCGCGGCGAAUCCGAGCCGAAGAAGUCCGUGAUAAGCUCCACAAUCAGGGACAUAGCAAGAAUUCAGACUCUUCAUAAGAGGAUGACUGAGAAGAAGAAUCAAAGCAACGUGUCAAGGCUAAAGAAGAAGAAGAACAAGAAGGUUCAGAAGAAAGCGAACCAGCCAAUUAGUCCUGUCGUCGCGCAGCUGCCGGAGUCUUACGCGGGGCGGCUCAUGGCGACGUUGGAGUCCGGCGUCGGGUUCGGCUCCGGAGAGUAUUUCAUGGACGUUUUUAUCGGUACACCUCCAAAACACUUCUCUUUGAUACUUGACACCGGUAGUGAUCUCAAUUGGAUUCAAUGUGUUCCAUGCCAUGAUUGUUUUGAGCAAAAUGGUCCGUACUAUGACCCCAAAGAGUCGACAUCUUUUCGGAACAUAAGUUGCCGUGAUCCCCGCUGCCAAUUGGUGUCAUCCCCUGACCCUCCCAAGCCUUGCAAAUCCGAAUCCCAAUCAUGUCCGUACUACUAUUGGUACGGUGAUAGCUCCAACACGACCGGGGACUUCGCGGUCGAGACUUUCACCGUCAAUCUCACCACCGGGGCCACCGGGAAGGCGGAGUUUCGCCGCGUGGAGAACGUCAUGUUUGGGUGCGGGCAUUGGAAUAGAGGGCUGUUCAAAGGGGCUGCAGGGCUGCUGGGACUUGGGAGAGGGCCUCUUUCAUUUUCAUCUCAGCUUCAAUCUCUUUAUGGUCACUCCUUCUCAUAUUGUCUUGUGGAUAGGAAUAGUGACACCAACGUUAGCAGCAAGCUGAUUUUUGGCGAGGACAAGGACUUGUUGAGCCGCCCCGAGCUGAAUUUCACAGCUCUGGUCGCCGGGAAAGAGAAUCCAGUCGAUACAUUCUACUACGUCGAGAUUAAAUACAUUUUGGUUGGAGGAGAAGUUUUGAACAUUCCUGAGGAGACUUGGAAAUUGUCACCAGAAGGUUAUGGCGGGACAAUCAUAGAUUCAGGUACUACACUGAGCUAUUUCCAAGAUCCUGCUUAUCAGGUUAUCAAAGAAGCCUUUUUGAAGAAAGUUAAAGGGUAUCAAUUGGUCAAAAUAGAGGAUUUUCCUUUGGAUCUUUGUUACAAUGUGUCUGGAGUGGAGAACAUUGAGCUUCCUGAUUUUGGGAUUUUGUUUUCUGAUGGGGGUGUUUGGAAUUUCCCAGUUGAGAAUUAUUUUAUCCAGGUUGAUCCACAAGAAGUUGUUUGUUUGGCGUUCAAGAAUACUUCUGCUUCUGCUCUCUCCAUCAUUGGGAAUUACCAGCAGCAGAAUUUCCACAUUCUCUAUGACACCAACAAGUCUAGGCUGGGAUAUGCCCCAAGGAACUGUGCUGAUGUUUAGCAAAGCAUAAAGUUAAAAAAUAAAAUUCUUGGUUAGAAAUUGUAUGGUUGAAGAUGAAGUGUAAACAUGGGGGUUGAAGAGGAACAUUUUUUUCUUUUUUC